AAGAAAUGAAGACUAAAAAGAUGGAGCAUUUUCCUUACUUCAUGGAUAACUACUGUCCUCCUGAUUGUGCCUGCUAUGGAGGGGUGGUCCAGUGUUCAGACAAAUUGGUGGACAAGAUCCCGUACGGCAUCCCCUACAGCUCCCGUUACGUCCUCCUGAUGAACAACCACAUCAACAGCAUUCAACUGGAUCUCCUCCGGGGAUACACCUCCAUGGAGUUCCUGGUCCUGAGUAACAAUCACCUUACAGAUGGCUCCGUGGAAGGGGCGUUUGAGGGCAUCCCAGCGUUGAAGCGUCUAUACCUGGAUCAGAACCUGCUGGCGAGCAUACCGACGGACCUUCCGGCUUCCCUCGAGGAGCUUCGACUGGACAACAACCGUGUGAGGGUGAUGUCGGAGUCAUGUUGGACUCGUUGUCCUGGCCUUUUGGUGUUAAGCCUCAGCAACAACAGUCUGGGGAACGAAUCGGGAUCUCUUCCGGAUGCUGUGUUUUCUCCUCUGCACUACUUGAGGACUUUGAACUUAGACCACAACCAACUGACGACCGUUCCCCAUGGGUUGCCUCUGUCCAUCAAGGAGCUGUACCUCAGAGGGAAUCUCAUCGAACAUUUCAGCAGCAAAGCAUUUAACGGGAAAUCCCAGCUGGUGAUUUUGGACCUGAGUGCCAACCGACUGAGCAACAAGGGCCUACCCACAGAUGCUCUGGUCAAAGCCACCCACCUGGAGAGCCUCAACCUGGAGGGCAAUCGACUCAAAAAAGUACCCCGGCACCUUCCCUCGUCGAUCAAAACUUUAAACCUUGAGGGCAACGUCAUCUCCGCGAUUAGAAGAGUUGCUUUCAACUCCUUGAAAAACCUAGAACACCUAGGACUAGCCCGGAAUAAGAUCUCUAAAGUAGUCCCGGGUGCAUUCUUGAGUUUGCCCGCCCUGCACCAGUUGGACCUUUGCCACAACGUCUUGCGCCAGGUACCCAGACAACUACCACGUGGCCUCCACUUGGUGGUGCUAACUCACAACAAGAUCCAUUCGGUGCCCCGGGACGCCUUUUGUUGGGGUCAAGCGAGCUCCGGUCUCAGCGAACUGGUCCAAGUGCAGUUAGAGAACAACUUGAUGGACAUGGGAAAGCUAGACUCGAAGGCUUUCAGAUGCUUGAGGGGAUUCCAGGUGGUGCAUUUCUAUUGAAAAAAAGUCUCAGGAAAAAAGGCAAAAUGUCACGUCUCGUCCCCGGUUUUGCUAUGUGUCUAGGUUGCCAUGGUUUCU